ACUGAUUAACCGUUUUGUCAGUUUAAUACUUGUAUUAAGUUUUUAUAAAACGUUAACAUGUAAACAUUAAUAUAUAGAAUUGCAGUUAUUAUGUUUCUAUCUUCCAAACUUCGAAGAUCAUUCAUGCAAGUGUGGAAUAUGGCAGUGAUUAUGCCAGUCCGACUUGCCUCUACAAAAGUUCAUGCUACUGAAAUUGCCCAUCCAUUCCGAGUUGUUGUGCUUGGCAGUGGUGGGAAAGGAACAAGUAAAUGCCUUGCUAUAGUCCCCGAAAGAACAACUGUUCGCAAAAUGCCAUCUGAAAGAUUUGUCAUUAACUAUAGUGAUUCGGCAGGAUGUAAUUUGGUAGAUGUACGCCUUGGGGAUUUCACAGCAAAAGACCAGCAAGUACAUGUCUUAACAACAAGCAAUGCAAUAGAAAAUACAACUGGAUUAGGCAUGGUGACAACAGACUAUGUUUGGCGGGCUUUGCCAGGAUGUGAUGGAAAAACUCCACUGACUGUGUAUUCUCCUCCUGGAUUGGAGAAAGCCUUUAAACACAGACCUGAGAUAGUGAAAGCCAUGCUAAGUGGAUAUUUAAAACUCACAAAUUCUGUAAACAUUGAUUGCUCAAUGUUUAAAGUUCGCAACAUUGUCCUGAAGAAGAAAGGAAGUUCAGCAGAGAAGGAGUCUAGUGUAACUGAUGUUUAUUCCUAUGUGUUUGAGAUGCCAGCCUAUACUGAGUCCAGUUCACAUACAGGACACAACACAUCAAGACAAUGUGCAGAAAACAUUGGGUUUUAUCAUAAGGAUGAAGCUAGGGCUGUACCUGGUGCAAAGUCUGUUGAUAGACAAAGAAGAGAUGCCCUACUUGUGAUUGAAUGUCCCAGUGAGGAUUAUUUAACAAGUAUAAUAAAAAACUGUCGGUUUUAUGAAUACCAGAAGGGUGGCAAGGUGCAUGCCUGUUUGGUGGUUCAUAUGUCUACCAGCCAAAUCCUGAAUAGUAACAGGUACCGCAGAUUUAUGGAAAGAUUUGGUGAGGAGACACAACACUUACUUCUUCAUGAGGAAUGCCAGAACAAUGUAUCUCCAAUGGUGUACAAUAUCAACAGAGUGUUGAACCAUAUUAAUAAAGACAUUUUUCCAAAAUUGAGAGAUGGAGAGCUGAAGGAACAAGAUUUCUCACAGAAGGUGUUAAAUGCUGCCAACUUCAUGGAGUAUGUGUAUCAUGCUGGCAACUCUUCACUAAGGAUGAAUAUAGAAAUGCAAAAAUAUGAUCGAAACUGGGGAGAUCAUCUGAUGAAAAAUGUUUCAGAUCUUGAUGAAAAAGUACAGAGAUUAGAGGCACUGUAUCAACAAACUGACAUUGAUCCUGAAUCCUAUCCCCAAAUUAUCUUUCUCGGAACUUCUGGUGCCACCAUUGUGAAAGGCAGAAAUCAAAGUUGUAUCCUAGUAAAAAUUGAUAAGGAUAGCUCUAUUAUCAUGGAUUGUGGGUCCGGAUCCUAUAAUCAGAUGGUAAACUUCUUCGAUAAGGACAUAGAAAAGGAGUUGGCCAAAGUCAAAAUGAUCUUCAUUUCUCACGUACAUUUGGAUCAUCAUUUAGCUUUACCGUUUGUGCUGAAAAAGUGUUAUGAAGCAAGACAAGCCUAUGGAUUAGGAAAUCAUCCAUUGUAUCUACUGGCCUGUAGGAAGCUGCAAUCCAUCUACCUCCAUUCUAUACCAGAGCUCUACUAUCUGCAGGACUAUUACACGUUUGUUGACUAUUACCGAGCUGAGAAUUAUGAACCUAUCAUGAAAGUUUUAGGACUAAAAUAUAUGAGGUUUGAUGAUGUGAUUCACUGCCCAUUUUCCUGUGGUAUCAGCAUCAAACAUAAGAAAGGAUGGAGUCUGGCUUACACAGGAGAUGUUUAUGAACUCUCAGAGACUUUUAUAAACAAUGCUAAGAACUGCAGUAUUUUAAUUCAUGAAGCGGCUUAUGAAGACCAACAUGUAAGGAAGAGACACACAAAUCAACACAGUUGCCAAAGGAAUGCCAUAUCAAAUGGGCAGAGAAUGAAAGCUGAGUUCACUGUCUUAACACACUUAUGCUGUACAUCAAAAGGUUGGAGCUAUUUGCCAGCAAAAUCCAAGCACUUCACUACAGAUAACUUCUUUGCUCAUGACUUUACAAAGAUUAAUUUAACUCAGCGCCCUGUUUUGCACCUGUAUGAUGAGUUAAUUUAUGAAGUCUUCAAAGGACCUGACGAUAAAGCUCUGGAGUGGUACAGCAAAGACAUGAGGAAAAAGAAGAUAUUUGAUUACUGAUGAUAGUAACUGACACAGAUAAAGAACAUCAGCUGUUCAUCAGCUGUUUAUUGUAUUGUUACAGUGAGAACAUCUGUGCUUCCGUAGACCAAUUGAUUUUCAAGAUUUUUGUUUCUGAUUACAGAAAUUGAACUUGGAAUAAAUUGUAUUGUUAUUCUUAUUCCGAUGGGGCGGUUAAAAUCUGAUACACAUCCAUAACAUCAUUUUAUCAUCUUUUUAUACAUUGUAAUUUAUGUUUUGUAAGAAGCUGUGAUAUGUAUAUACAUCUUCUGUUGGCAAUACUUUUACAAGAAAUGUAUAGAGAGAAAAAAAUGGUGUAGAUUAUUAUGUGGUAUAAAGACCUGUUAAAAAUUCAAUUAAAUUUUCUGCUGGAUGGAUUUCUAUGCUCUGCACA